AUGCACAACCUUCUGGCCCUUCUCUGUGUCUCACUUAUGGCAGCUCAGCAGGGCACUAGUUUUCAAACAAAGGAAGACUCCAUCAGAAACACCAUACACAACAUUAUGAACAUUGCUCAGAUAACCCUGGUCCAUAUUAAGAAACUAAAGUUACCGGCUUCACAGAUAGAAGUUCCCAUUCCUUCCAUCGAGGGACUAACUAGUAUAAGCCAUGAUCUUGGGCUUUUGGAUAAUGAACUGCAGUACCCUUUCACAGAGCUCCUCAUCCAGAUUCAGGCUGAUGUCUCCAGCUUGGAGGGAAGAGUGCGUUCCCUCGCCUUAUCAAUGGGCUGUUCUCUUCAGGCCAAGCCAGCAGUAAAGACCAGUGACAGUCUGUUCCCAGACAGCCACCUUUACAUGACAGUGAUAAAGGUGCAGCACUACCUAGAGAACCUUCUUCUCAACAAAGGCAAACUCAAGGUCUGCUAA